CGAGCCCCGCCGCCGGCCCCAGCAUGAGCUCCGGCCCGCAGCAGCAGCCGCCGCCGCCGCGGAGGGUCACCAACGUGGGCUCCCUGCUGCUCACCCCGCAGGAGAACGAGGCCCUGUUCGCCUUCCUCGGCAAGAAAUGUGUGACGAUGUCCUCAGCAGUGGUUCAAAUAUACGCAGCCGAUCGGAAUGGUAUGUGGCUCAAGAAAUGCUGCGGUGUAGCCUGCCUUGUGAAGGACAAUCCACAAAGAUCAUACUUUAUCAGAAUAUUUGACAUUAAGGAUGGGAAACUAUUGUGGGAGCAGGAGCUGUACAAUAACUUUGUAUAUAAUAGUCCUAGAGGAUAUUUUCAUACCUUUGCUGGUGAUACAUGUCAAGUUGGUCUUAAUUUUGCUAAUGAAGAGGAAGCAAAAAAAUUCCGAAAAGCCGUUACAGAUCUUUUAGGACGGCGGCAAAGAAAAUCUGAAAAACGACGGGACCCACCCAAUGGUCCAAAUCUACCAAUGGCAACUGUUGACAUCAAGAAUCCAGAAAUCACAACCAACAGAUUUUAUAAUCCACAAGUCAACAACAUUUCCCACACCAAAGAAAAGAAGAAAGGAAAAGCUAAAAAGAAGAGAUUGACCAAGGCAGAUAUCGGAACGCCAAGCAAUUUCCAACACAUUGGACAUGUUGGCUGGGACCCCAACACAGGUUUUGAUUUGAAUAAUUUGGACCCAGAAUUGAAGAAUCUUUUUGAUAUGUGUGGAAUCUCAGAGGCACAACUGAAAGACAAAGAAACAUCAAAAGUCAUCUAUGACUUCAUUGAAAAAACAGGAGGGGUAGAAGCUGUUAAAAAUGAGCUGCGCAGGCAAGCACCGCCCCCGCCUCCACCCUCAAGGGGAGGACCCCCUCCUCCACCUCCCCCACCCCAUAGCUCAGGUCCUCCCCUGCCCCCUGCUAGGGGUCGAGGGGCUCCCCCUCCCCCUCCUCCUUCAAGAGCUCCUACAGCGGCCCCUCCCCCGCCACCCCCCUCCAGGCCUGGGACCACAGUUCCGCCGCCUCCUCCCAACAGGAUGUACCCUCCGCCCCCUCCCACCCACCCCUCCUCAGCACCCUCAGGCCCCCCGCCCCCGCCACCACCCCUGUCGGUGGGCUCGGCUGCUCCACCCCCUCCGCCUCCCCCGCCACCGCCUCCAGGGCCACCUCCUCCCCCUGGCCUUCCAUCUGAUGGGGACCAUCAACUCCCAGCACCGGUGGGGAACAAGGCCGCUCUUCUAGAUCAAAUUAGAGAGGGUGCCCAGUUGAAGAAAGUGGAACACAACAGCCGACCAGUAUCCUGCUCGGGGAGAGAUGCGCUGUUAGACCAGAUUCGACAGGGUAUUCAGCUGAAGUCUGUAUCUGACGGCCAAGAGUCUGCACCACCCACCCCAGCACCCACCUCAGGAAUUGUGGGGGCGUUAAUGGAAGUGAUGCAGAAAAGGAGCAAAGCCAUUCAUUCUUCAGAUGAGGAUGAGGAUGAAGAUGAUGAAGAAGAUUUUGAAGAUGACGACGAAUGGGAAGAUUGAUCGAUAUAUAUUAUAUAUAUAUUUUUUCAGGUGAAAUACUAAACACUACUUUCCGUCUAUGAAUUCUGUAAAAUGAUCAUGUAAAUGUUCUACCAAUUUGCUGUAUAUUUUUGUUGCCUUUGCUUUUUUUAUUAAUCUGUGCAAUACCUCAUUUAAUCUGUAAAGGUUUGUCAUAAUCCUCUACAAAGCUACUCCCAGAUGAUUGUGUGCAAGUUUACAUCAGGAGGCUCAAUUUACUUGUGAAUAGGUGUCAUUCCAUCACUGAGGGAGUUGAAAUGUAUUGCGCGAGACUGACAAAAACCUUAAUGUAAUUUAGUUAUAAUGCAAGAAGGAGAAACACUAUUUUCAUACCCUACUUUUUCUGUAUCUAAAUUUUCGUAUUAAAACCUAGUUAUAGCACGACAUCCUUUUUUUAAGCGAUGCAGACCUUAGUUUAUUUUAGCCCCUCCAUUUUGAACCCAACGCUUCACGAAUGUCGAGGCGGAGACAUUGCACGGUCCUCGAGACACCCCCAUACUGAUGUGGUUUCUCAAAUUUGAGCAACAGGGUUUGCAUAAAAUCGCCACGAACCUCAACCCGCCACCCGCACACCCCUUCUUCUGCCUGAGCAACGAUCCUCUGCUCUCCGCUCAGCAGGGAGAUCGGAAAGCUUGAACAUUGUGACCCACCGCAUUGGCCUGUGCAGGGCGGGAUGGUAUCCUAACAAGGGGGAAGGUGCCCUUGUGAUGCAAAGGACGUGAAUCCUUUCAUCGUUAUCUCCUGAAAGAGAGGUGGGGCUGAACUGGCAGAACCUGGGUGGCAGUUGUGGUGAUAACCCAAUCUUGAGGGUUUUUCCCCCUUUUGGAUCUUCCGUGCAUCUCUGAAUUGAAGGGCCAUUCUUGAUACCCGCUUCAAUGAGGCAGUGUUCGAUUCAUUUUUCAAACGAGGGCAGCGGUGUAUUAGGAAAGGAAAAUGGUCAUGUCACGUUUUGGUCUUUUAUAGACCGAAGCCAUACCCGGCACGGACGACAAUCCUAGGGAGAAAACCGUCGCGUCUGAUGACGUCAGCUGUCUUUCUGCACACGGUUUGAGGUGAACGCUACCGCUUCAGUGCUCUGCCCCACCAAAAUGAAGGGUUGAUUCUUCGAGGUCAACGGCUCUUGUUUCAAACUUCGGAGAACACAUAGUUGACAAGGUGUUUCUUUACACAACCUGAACGUUGAUAUUAUGUGUGUGGAGUAGGGUGGUAAAAUUUGGGGUGCCUGCCUUUAUAAAACACACUCAUCUGCUCUAAGGUGGGUGUUUAAUAUCUACAGCACUAAUUCCUGGGCCACAGUGAAUUUGAGGUAGAGAAUGAUCUGAUUUAAAGACAACAUUUUUCACGUCGUCAUUUGCAGAAUGCAGUUAAUCCACAAAGUAGCUUAAGUAUUUCAUGACUAUAGUCACAUUAUCAAACUAAACUUUAAGCUAUCCAAAAUCAGACUGACCAAAACCUCGUAUUGAUGUGUAACCUUGUCAGGCUGGACCUGCAAGGUAAGGGGUUUGAGUUUCUAACCCAGUUAUCUCAUAAUCUUUAGUGAUCAUGCAUCUAGUUAUCAGAAAUAAGGAAAAAAGGUUUUGUUGCUGAAAGCAGUAAGUGGUGCCAUUAAAAAAGUUAAGUUAUUCAGAGAAUGUUAACUUUGCAAGAGUAAUUUAAACCCGUAGAGUCUGUUCCAGACUUUUUUUUUUUUGGUUUCUUGCAAUAACUCUCACAGUGCCCUCUGCUGCUAGAAACCUUUUCCGCUUGCUUUGAUUUUUAUUGUGGCUGCACUCAGUGAGUCCCGUGGCAGCGAGGCUGGCAACUGCUAACCAAUGAGAUCAGGCGUUGGUGCACAUGGAAAAUAGCAUGGAGGUCCCAGGGGGCGACCUGAGUUAUUUCGUCACAGAGCAGAUUUUCAUUUUCUUGUUUUAAUACCAUAAAAGCUCGCUCUAAGCAGGGAACGUUACCUACAUACUCCACUGUACUCUCCCAAGCGCUUAGUACAGUGCUGGGCACACAGUAAGCACUCAAUAAAUCCCAUUAAUGAUUUUGAUGAUGAUGAACAGAGUUACAAAGCGGGGGCUGGACCCAGAAAUCUCUCCAAUGAUGCAUUCCUGAUUAGGAUCUUUAAAUUUGAGCCCUAAGCCUGGUAGUUCAAGACUUCUGUGACUCACAUCAUUGCAUAAUUAAUCAUCAACCCCCAACCCUGUUCUGGAGAGAGGAUCCCAGUCCCCUAAGUGGGAAACUAUUAAAAACCAUAUGAGCGCUCUGGUUUGGGUUUGGGUCUAUCUCCCCCUGCCUCCUAGAGAAGGUGUUAAGUUUUAUUCUCUCUACCAAAACAAGGAAUAGCCAUUCCAUGUCGCACAGAGCCUGAGUUCGUAUGGUUUAAAAAAAUAAUAAUAGGAGCUCAGUCAUUCAGGCAUGAAGACUGUAGUUGUGGUUGGCUUCAGUGGCAUCAUGUCUGCAUGCUUCAGAGUGCCACCGUUUGCACUGUGGGCAGAAGAUAGUGUUUCACGGCAUCGAUCCACUGUCCCUGCGUGUUGUCUGAAAGCCUUGCUUAUAUUCUAGUUAAACGACUGUCCAAAUAGCCUUAGCGUCUAACAAACCAGCAUGAGGCUUCUGUAUCCAACGCUGUGUGAUAGACAAUAUCAGCUAGCCACUUAUUGUACGUAUGAGAUUCAUAGGAGACGUUCAAUCAUCCAAGUUUCCAUUUAUCAAACUGAAAUUUUGUUUAGUAUGUGAAUUUUUUUUUUGAAGUGUACAGUGAAUAGGAUAUUGCACUGGUGGCAAUUCAUCAUGGAGCAUAAUAAAAUUAAUUUGACCCAAA